GCCUUGAUCGCCAGCCUCCAGUGGAGGAGAAAUCAGUGUCGUGGACAGGUCUGAGGGCCGGUCUACACUAAAAAUACAGCCUCGUGUGUCGCUGUGGCUCUUCAGUGAAGACACUGCUAGGCUUCUGUGUCAGUAUGGUUAAUUCACCUCCAUGAGAGGCCAUGGCUGUGUUGAGGGGAAAAGCCUGCACAUUAAUGUAGCAUUGUUCCUAACCGAGUUUAGGUCAGUGUAACUGCAUCUCUCCAUGCACAUCCAUCCCCGGAGCGCUGUACGUUUGUAGUGCCGACCUGGCCUCCGUAUGUUUGUAACUUGUUUGCGCUCUGUGCUCCAGUCCUAAAACAGAGGUGGUCGUAAAUGGCACGCAGUCCCUCAGCUCCUCCAGAAAUCUCAGCUCCGACACUUGUGCCCAGUUUCCAGAAAGCAACUGUGCCCCCAAGAAAUGGCUCUGACCGACGAAGGCAGAGAACAAACACUCUUGCUGUUUGCAACAGCGUCUCCAAAUAGAGACACCAUCCCAAAGCCAACAACAGAGCAACAGUUCUUGAAAGACUGAACAUUAAGAAAAAUAACUUGUCAAUUGCUGACUCCUGCAUAACUAUAUUCAUCUACCUGGGGAUGCUUAGUUUUUUUCACAUUUGCAAUGUAUGUGAGAAUUCUUGAAAUGGGAGUGCUGGGGAAGGGGCGAGCAGUGAGUAAUUAAUUAAUUAAUUAGAGAUCCAGUACCUGAUUUAUUUCUGUCCCUUCAUGCAGCUUGAAUAGAGAAAUUGUCGAGGAUCGCUUUCAUUUUUGCAUUGAGGACUCUGCAGGAGCAAAGAAAUCUAAGGGUCACUGAUAAGGUGGCUUUUUUAACUACUUUUUAAAAUCUUAGAAAACACGCUUUAACUAGCAGAGCUUGUCGCCAUGACGGAGCCGGCUGAAUCGAAGCCAAAGCGCAUCCUGGUGACCGGUGGCACGGGCCUGGUGGGAAGAGCCAUCGAAAAGGUGGUGGCUGAUGGCGAGGGCAGGCCAGAUGAAGAGUGGAUCUUCGUGUGCUCCAAGGAUGCUGACUUAACGAACGCUGCGGAGACCAGAGCCCUGUAUGAGAAACACAGGCCCACCCAUGUGAUCCACUUGGCCGCCUUGGUGGGAGGCCUCUUCAAAAACAUCAAGUACAACCUGGAUUUCUGGCGGAGAAACGUGCACAUCAACGACAACGUGCUUCACUCGGCGUACGAGUUCGGCGUGCAGAAAGUCGUCUCCUGCCUUUCCACCUGCAUCUUCCCGGACAAGACCACCUACCCUAUCGACGAGACCAUGAUUCACAACGGGCCCCCGCACGACUCCAACUUCGGGUACUCGUACGCCAAGAGAAUGAUCGACAUUCAGAACAGGGGGUAUUUCCAACAGCACGGCUGGCGAUUCACCGCCGUGAUCCCCACCAAUGUCUUCGGGCCUCACGAUAACUUCAACAUCGAGGACGGGCACGUCCUGCCGGGACUGAUCCACAAGGUGUACCUGGCAAAGAAAAACGGCACGGCUCUCACGGUCUGGGGGACGGGAAAGCCCAGGAGACAGUUCAUCUACUCUCUGGACCUGGCGCGGCUCUUUGUCUGGGUCCUACGGGAGUACGACGAGGUGGAGCCCAUCAUCCUCUCAGUUGGAGAAGAGGAUGAGGUGUCUAUAAGGGAAGCUGCGGAGAGCGUGGUGGAAGCCAUGGACUUCCGGGGAGAGCUGAUUUUCGACACCACAAAAUCCGACGGGCAGUUCAAGAAAACAGCCAGCAACGGCAAGCUGAGGCGGCACCUGCCCGAUUUCCAGUUCACGCCAUUCAAACGAGCUGUGAAGGAAACGUGCGACUGGUUCAACACGCACUACGCCACUGCCCGCAAGUGAGCGGUGCCCCGCAGCCGGCGUGAUUGUCGGCCAGUGCCAGCCGGAGGUUCCUUGGAGACGCGGCGUUUUCCUUUGGGGGGGUGGAGGAGCCACUGCCUGGGGGGGCCUGGGGCUGAGAGAGGGUGGUGGAGAGAGAUGUAGCUUGUCUGAGGUGGAAGUUGAUUGUGGGAGGGGAAGGGAAGUGGGGCGCAGACAGCUCCGACCGGCCAAAUCACCAGGCAGCUUGGCUCAUGUGUCAGAGAAACGUGGUGCAUUGGUGCACGGCAGGUACCUGUCUUUCGCAGGACAUGGGACUCACCCCUAGUCAUCUCAGCCAGCCAGGGAGCAGACCGGUGGGGGCUGGAAUGGGCAGGAGCUCUGUGCUUGGGGACCAGAGUGAUUCUUUGCUCAAAGGCUCCAAAGAUACAAAGAAUGAGACAACCCCUGCCCCGUGCUUCUAGCAUUCCUCCCUGCAGUUAGAGAUCCCAGAACUGCAGCCUUGAGCCCCCCUCCGGUCCACCGCUGAAGGAGUUUAGCAAGGGCAGUCUUGCCUAGUGGGAACCUCCCUUUAGCUUCUUCUAACAGCACGGUUCUUGGAGGUUUGCAGGGGGAGGAGGGUUGUGCCUGUAGGUUGAGGUACCUGGAUGCUUCCAUGCUGCCUCUGCAUCAUCUACUGAAUAUUUUUUAAACUGGACUGAGCCCUACUUCUGUCCUCUGUGGAUCCCUGUGCUUUGCCAGUGCCACCUGCUAAGCUGUAAUUGGUCAGGCUGCCUGCUAAUCAAGCAUAAAGGUGUCUGUAAUUAGGUUCAGAAUAAAUCAAAGCUGCUUUGGUUUCCUGA